CACUAGUGAAAACCGAAUAUGCAUUUAUGCGUUAUGCUUAAGUAGUUACGUUUGGCAUUUCAGGGUUAGAAAUGGCUCUUCAUUUCCCGAAUUGAGCGAGCAUCAGACUUCGGCGAAUGUUAUAAAUCUCAACUUUUAGAUCAUGUAUGGCUCGCGGGGUCUUUCGGUUGCAAUGUGGCUGCGCAAGCGGGCGCGGGGCCAUUUUGGACGCCAACGUUACAGAUGGCUUCAACCUCGCUACAUUCUUUUGUGCAUAGGAAUUCUAGCUUGCUACUGGCCGUGCCAGUUCUUACGGAAUCAUGUCAGAGAAGCUCAUGCCGAUUCCUUGAUGCGUGCGGCACAGUCAGCAGCGCUGCAGCUCAAAUCCUUGCAGCAGGACUCACUAAUACGUCAAUGCUUCGAUGCUGCUUGGACGGGAAGGACGCUGGUCGGCGAAUCGUUCGAGGUCCCAUGCAACCAUGUCAACGAUCUGCUGGUGUUACUUCGGGCUGCGGGGCCUAUAAUCCCUCUACACGGAGACGGGAGAGAGUACAACCGCACGGGUAUUUGCGGUGGUGGCUGCUUUUUCGCUGGCAACCUACGCGACGCGCAGCUAGUGAUGCCAAACUACAUCUACCAUCUAGUCCAUGUGGUCUCAGCACUUGGUGAGCAAGGCAACCCUACCUUCGUAUCCAUCUACGAGAGCGGCAGUCACGACCGCACGACAGGGUGGCUGCGGGUGCUGGGCGACGUGCUGGAUGCAGUCAGCGUCCCGCAUGCGUUACAGCUAGGCGGAUCCAUCCAGCGCAAAAUGGGCGAGGAGCGAAUCCAUUUCCUCGCCCGCGUCCGCUCCGCAGCUCUCACACCCCUCUACCAGCAAUGCAGCAUCCGAAACACCUUCUGCGCCCCCGCCGACGACCCACACUCCCACUCCCAACACUCCCACCACCGCGCCCGCCCGGGGCGGCACCUGGCGGCUGGCGGCGCGGGGCGAGUGGUGUUCCUGAAUGACGUGCUCUUCGCGGCCUCGGACGUGCUACGACUGCUGCAAUACCCCGCGGAUCUGGUGUGCGGGCUGGAUCUGGGUAUGGCCGCGGAGCCUGAUCUCACGCAACGCGAGCAUCAAGACACGGUUGCAGCCUACCUGCAGCAUCGCUGGUGGCUGCCGCAGGGGCUAGCGCGCCGGCUGGCUGGUAUGCGGGCGCUGGAGCGCUGGUGGCGCCGGCAGCACAAGGCGCAUGAGGCAAGGUUUCGGAGCUUCGGACCGUUGUUCUUCUACGACAAAUGGGUGGCGCGGGACAUUUCCGGGCGCAUGUUCACCAACCGGGCGCCGUACGUGGCUUACAAGCCCAGUGUACGGCGGGUGGCAAUGGGCCAACCAGUACGAGUGCAUUGCUGCUGGAACGGGUUGGCGGUGAUCGGAGCCGAGCCGCUGGUUCGGAGGGCCGUUCAGUUCCGGGAGCACGUGGAGGGGGAGUGCUCCGCAUCCGAGUGCAGCCUUCUGUGCGACGACAUGUGGCGACUCGGCUACGAUGACGUCAUCAUGGACCCCAAUGUACGAGUGACGUACGACGUACCCGGCGCCAGCCGCCUGUACCGGGGUUUCACUGCUGACGUGCCGCUGGGUGUGCCGGGGGUGGCGUACGUGCCCUUCCGCUCGGGCGACGUGGCGGAGGUGAUGUCGCUGCCAAAGCAUGAGGACCUGCUGAGGGAGGCGGGCGGGGCGGACAGCGGGCAGCCCCGCACCCGGCAGGUGGACUGCUGCGACCUGGCCAAGGGGGCGGACAUGGUGGAGUUCCGCGACCCAGGGGUCUGCCACAACGCCACGGUGGUGCUCAGCUAGCGGGCGGCGUUAAGAGAACUGGUGUUGGGCAUGUACGUGCGUGCGGUGUGGUGUGGCAGGGCUGUUUGGGUAGGGCUGAGGGUCUGGGUGGAGAGGAGAGCCGCUAAGCCGGGGUUGUUGCUAGGAUCCCAUGCAAGUGGAAGUUACAUGCCACAUGGUGGGUCAAGGAGUGGUGUCGACUGGGGAGCGUUGCGAGUGUGCUGGAAGUACCGGUAGUGGUGGGCUGGGUUUCGCAGGUGUAUGCAAGCAAGUUAAGGGGUUACCAGUGCGUAAAGGGUGUCAAAAAGGGAUGUAGAGCGUGCCUUUGCUGAUGCGGAUGUGGGCUAGGGCUCAGCGCGCGCAUGGAAGCAGCUCGUUGGCCCGGUCUGAUCGGGCUGCGGCGCCGGAGGAAUGCACCUACCGUAUGUAUGGCCUAGGGUUGGUUAGGCUGACGAGCUGAGGACACCACCGCGGGGCGGGUUUGUGAUGCUAAGUGGGAUGUUUGACCUCUUCCUG